CUGCGCUAGACAUGGAAGCUCGCGGAGGGGUGUGCUUAUCGCGUCGUCAGCGCAGUGGGCGUGAUUGUGCGGGACACUACGGCCUUUUCACGGCGCCGUGCAGUGACUGUGGUUGCAUAAUGACUCUAAUGAACUGUAUUCAGAGCAUUAACCUUCGUUUUAUCAAUUGCCAGUUGCGUGUGCAGCUAGGAAUUGCGUGAAUGAAACAAAGGUUGCUGCCUGGCUGUGUCAGUAUUGCGACUUCGUGUGCCCUACCAAGCAUUACCUGGCCCUUCAUGAAGCACGCCAUAUGGAUGAGCACAGAGACAGGAUCAACAGACAACUUGCCUGGCGCCAGUCGUCGGGCAUGGUGGUUCGCUGGAACCCGGAGCGCUCGUUUCGGUGCACCGUGUGCGGCAGGGGCUUCAACCAGAAGAUGAACCUUGCAAGGCACAUGCAGCGACACACAGGGGAAAAGCCACAUCAGUGCCAUCUGUGCCUCAAGCGCUUCAACCAGAAGUGCAACCUUGAGCGGCACAUACGCUGCCACACGGGCGAGCGACCCUUCCACUGCACCUUCUGCCCCAAGAGCUUCAACUCCAAGUCCAACCUGAGUCGUCAUGAAGCGUGCCACCUGGUGCAUGCGCCCGAAAUGACCAUAGUCAGAAAUGCGGCCGAAAUGGCUCUUGUCCCCAACUUUAACAUUUGAAACCGCAAGCAAUGGAAGAGCUGCUGCAUUAACCUGUUGUGUUUACUAUUAACGUUAAUGAGCUUGCACAGACACCACAGCCAUUUAUAACACAUGCACAUGGCUUUGAACACUUGCAGCACCAUCUGGUAGUAACUGUCAGCAUUCUUGGCAUUGUUGCACAUGUUCACAGCAGCCAGGUAAAGCUCCUGCUGCAUGUGUAUGUAACCCUGCCGAUAACACCGGUAGUUGCUGCAAGAGUAUUGUGGAAGUGUUGAAGGGUGGGCCUUGCUCACUCAUAAAUGGUUGCGAGUUUUGUAAGCUUCUCUUCAAACGUUCCCAAGCCAUGAUAGGCAUAACCCCAGCUGACUUUUGAAUGUAGAGUAAGGUUUGUGUCACAUCCACAGUGUUCCCAACAUUCUGGAAGGCAAAAACCCCAUCCCUGCACAAAACUGUGUGUACCGUUUGUCCCAUGUGAGCCCCACCAUGCAACUCACAGCAGCUCUAGGCAGGCACACAUUGUGUGAUGUUUUUGUGUGUUCAAGUUCAGGUGGCAGGUGCUAAUAGCACUAAUGGCGUCUGGAGUGUCACCUACUCACGUUUAACAUCAUAUGGACUAAGAUUUCUUCAUUGCAGUCUUUGACGAGCUGCAUGAAAUCUGUGUGAUAGGCAUUGUGGCAAAAGAAAGGUUGUGAGCCAACAAGCAAGGGUGCUAAGUGGUUAUUGUGUUGAUCGAGCCAGCAAGUACAGGCACCAAGAACAACAGUAUUGGUCAUGAGAAGCCGUACCUGUUGAUAUUUAAUUUUCUAUGAUGUUGGUCGAGAAAUUUUCUUCGCAUGAUAUGGGGGGAGGAAGCUGGCCAUAAAUCUGGACCUUGUCACUGUAUGCUCAGUAUCACAGCUAAUUUGCUCGGCUGAGAGAAACAGUACUUCUGAAAGAUUCCUAGGCUGCAGCAGUUUAUAUUAUACACUGCAGCUAUACAAUUAAGUUGAAUAAUGACCUUACCAUACCUAAUUGAAGGGGCAUUUCAUGCUUUGCUUACAUUGUUUUGAGUUAUUCAUUUACUCUUGUUUUAUGAUUACGUAUGUGAAUUAUUACAUGUGCAGCAGCUGGCAUUUAAAGUUGAAAUGAUCAUAACUGCCUUGCAACUUGUCUACUUGAAUCCUCUCGCAAAUAUGCAGGAAUUGUCAGUUUAUUAUAACUACUUCAUAAGAGGAGCUUGUGCAAUUUUCAUUAUCUUACUGAAAUAGUUUUUUUCUCAUGUUAAUACCUUUUUUUUUGCAGUGCAAUAUCAUCUAAUUAUGUACAGUGUUCUAUUUUGUUUAGUUUCAAAGCUGAGCUCUGUUUGAAGUGGAGACAGGGCCAAAGUGAUACAAGCUGGUCAUUAUAUGGAGCGGUAGCUUCCCGUCUUUUUACCAAGCUCAGGCUGAGGGGUGCUGCUUUUUCUCUUGGCAGGAUGUCAUAAAGAUGCGCAGUUUGAUGCACAGCUACAGCUGUGCAUUUGCUGAGGAUUCGUGGAUCAUUUUGCUUUGUUACAGUACCUCUUUCGCUUUAACAUGUUACACGCUUAUUGAAACAUAGAAAUGUGAUUGCCUGAGGUACUUUGAAUUACCACAGCAAUGCUUAUUCAAGAAAAUUAUUUGUUUAGACAGUAUGUUGUGUAAGGAAUAAGGUCGAAAUUCCCAAACUGUGCUGGGAUAUUCUGUAAAAUUCUAUCAGUAUUUUCAUGAGCUGCUUACUCAUCUUUAUCUAAGCUAGGAACAUACAUAUUGGACAGUGCAUUUAUACACAUGCUUUCAUUUCAUAGAAUUGUCAGUGCACCAUCACUCUACUUCACAUUUUAUGUGCAGUUCUUUCUUUUUGACUUAUUGGUAAGAGAUUCCCAGCAUUUCCUGUUUACAUUUUUGUACACCUAGUUGUGGUAGUACUGUUUGUUGGCUUGUAUGUUUAGAUGCACACAAUAUAUUGAUGUUUUGCUAAUGUCUUUCAUGCAUAUCUCUUGUGUGUACGGUUUUUCUUAGAACUCGUUUCCUUUAGAAUUUUGUUAUUUGUUGAUGUUUCUUGCUACCUGAGUUUAUUUCUGUUCAUAAUAGAACUCAAGGUUGUUACUAUACACAGUUUGCAAGGCUGCAGCUGUGCAACCGUGUACUGGUCAUGAGUUUAGUCAGAUAUUGUUUUCAACUUGAUUGUUUAGUUUAACUAGACUAUGAAAGUGUUUUAUAGUGCAGAUUUCUUAUUUCUUAUUAUUUCAUUGUUGUUGAAUUUUUGUCUUGGAUUUAUUCCCAUUUUCAAUGUUGGCGAUCUUGUUCGCACUAUUGCUGUGUUCGGAAUUUUGUUAUAGUUCAUAUUUCGUUGUUGCUUUUGAGUCUUCAAAAUAAUUGUGGCUGUUCGCCGUUAUACGUGUUGCAUUACUUGUAACCUAGUGAAAUUUUCCCAGAAACCCAUGUCCUAGUCAGGCUUUGGGUGUUCUUUUGGCUUUCUUGGGUCUGUGUUCUUCAAAACAUUUUUUUGGGUGUGAGAAGAAUUAAAUGCAAGCACCCUAUUUCAACCUUCAUUAUGUUCUUGAGUGCACCAGACAGUGUGAAUACUUCUGCAAUAUUUAUAUUUUUCACUGUGCAGGUACAUGGAAGUAAAAAAACAUUAAAAGAGUUUCUUGAGGCCCAGUUA